UUGGGGAAAGGAUGCAAGCACUACAACAGAUUGUGUCACCUUAUGGCAAGGAGCCAAAAGUUAAACCAAUGUGUUUUCGAGAAGGAGGGAGUACUCGAGUGAAAAGUGGAACCAUGCCAGAAGCUCAAAGAAUGCCUCUAAAUGGAAGCCUUAAUCUUGGUAAUGGUUAUGUAAAUGGGGCCAUUUCAUUGAGGUCUUCUGCUAGCAGAUCUGCCAUUGAUGAAUUUUGUAAUGCACUUGGGGGGAAUAGGCCAAUCCAUAGUAUUUUAAUUGCAAACAAUGGAAUGGCUGCUGUAAAGUUUAUAAGAAGUGUGAGGACAUGGAGUUAUGAAACGUUUGGUUCAGAAAAAGCAAUUUUGUUGGUAGCCAUGGCUACACCUGAGGAUAUGAGGAUUAAUGCCGAGCAUAUUAGAAUUGCUGAUCAGUUUGUUGAAGUCCCAGGUGGUACAAAUAAUAAUAAUUAUGCUAAUGUGCAGCUCAUCGUGGAGACUGCUGAGAUAACACAUGUUGAUGCUGUUUGGCCUGGUUGGGGUCAUGCCUCUGAAAUUCCUGAAUUACCUGAUGCAUUGGACGCAAAGGGAAUUGUAUUUCUUGGGCCGCCGGCUUCAUCCAUGGCGGCUUUAGGAGACAAAAUCGGCUCUUCUUUAAUUGCACAAGCUGCUGACGUGCCAACACUUCCUUGGAGUGGUUCUCAUGUGAAAAUUUCUGCAGAGAGCUGCUUAGACACAAUUCCAGAUGACGUAUAUAGAAAAGCUUGUGUCCAUACAACCGAGGAAGCAGUUGCUUCUUGUCAAGUUAUUGGUUAUCCUGCUAUGAUCAAGGCAUCAUGGGGCGGUGGUGGCAAAGGCAUAAGAAAGGUGCAUAGUGAUGAAGAAGUCAAGACACUUUUUAAGCAAGUUCAGGGUGAAGUCCCUGGUUCCCCCAUAUUUAUUAUGAAAGUUGCUUCCCAGAGCCGACAUCUAGAAGUACAACUCCUCUGUGAUCAGCAUGGCAAUGUAGCGGCUUUACAUAGUCGGGAUUGCAGUGUUCAAAGGCGGCAUCAAAAGAUUAUCGAGGAGGGGCCAAUAACCAUAGCCCCGCCUGACACAAUAAAAAAAUUGGAGCAAGCGGCAAGAAGAUUAGCCAAAUCGGUCAAUUAUGUUGGAGCUGCAACUGUAGAGUAUUUGUACAGUAUGGAAACCGGAGAUUAUUACUUUUUGGAGCUCAAUCCCCGUUUACAGGUUGAGCAUCCUGUCACUGAGUGGAUAGCGGAAGUUAAUCUACCUGCAGCACAAGUUGCGGUUGGAAUGGGCAUUCCACUUUGGCAAAUUCCCGAAAUAAGACGGUUUUAUGGAAAGGAAAACGGUGGAGGGUAUGAUGCUUGGAGGAGAACAUCGGUUCUUGCAACCCCAUUUGAUUUUGAUCGCGCCGAGUCAGUUAGGCCGAAGGGUCAUUGUGUUGCUGUACGUGUAACAAGUGAAGAUCCGGAUGAUGGUUUUAAGCCCACCAGUGGAAAAGUUCAGGAGCUAAGUUUUAAAAGCAAGCCAAACGUAUGGGCAUACUUUUCUGUCAAGUCUGGAGGAGGCAUUCAUGAAUUCUCAGAUUCUCAAUUCGGUCAUGUUUUUGCAUUUGGAGAGUCAAGAACAUUGGCUAUUGCAAAUAUGGUUCUUGGGCUAAAGGAAAUUCAAAUUCGUGGCGAAAUGCGCACUAAUGUUGAUUAUACAAUUGAUUUAUUACAUGCUCCAGAUUAUAGAGAAAACAAAAUACACACGGGUUGGUUAGAUAGCCGAAUUGCGAUGCGGGUUAGAGCAGAAAGGCCUCCUUGGUAUCUUUCGGUAGUGGGGGGAGCUCUUUACAAAGCCGCUGCUAGAAGUGCAGCCAUGGCCUCUGACUAUGUUGGUUAUCUUGAAAAGGGGCAAAUCCCUCCAAAGCAUAUAUCACUAGUCAACUCUCAAGUUACUUUGAAUAUUGAGGGGAGCAGAUACACAAUUGAUAUGGUAAAAAGAGGACCUGGAGGCUAUAGAUUGAAAAUGAACCAAUCUGAGAUUGAAGCAGAAAUACAUACUCUACGUGACGGGGGUUUAUUGAUGCAGUUGGAUGGGAAUAGUCAUAUUAUAUAUGCUGAAGAAGAAGCCGCUGGUACUCGUCUCCUCAUUGAUGGACGGACAUGUUUGCUUCAGAAUGAUCAUGAUCCUUCCAAGCUGGUGGCCGAAACACCAUGCAAACUUCUAAGAUACUUAGUCUCAGAUAGUAGCCAUGUCGAUGCUGACACACCUUAUGCUGAGGUGGAGGUAAUGAAGAUGUGUAUGCCGCUACUUUCGCCGGCUUCUGGAGUUAUACAGUUUAAGAUGUCUGAAGGUCAAGCAAUGCAUGCUGGUGAGCUAAUAGCAAGGCUUGAUCUUGAUGACCCAUCAGCAGUAAGAAAAGCAGAGCCUUUCCAUGGAACUUUUCCUCUUCUUGGGUCUUCAACUGCCAUGUCAGAUAAAGUUCAUCAAAAGUGUGCUACAACUCUAAGUGCCGCUCGAAUGAUUCUUGCAGGCUAUGAUCACGAUAUUGAUGAAGUUGUCAAAAACCUUCUUCGUUGUCUAGAUAAUCCCAAGCUACCUUUCCUCCAGUGGCAAGAAUGCUUUGCAGUUCUAGCCAAUCGACUUCCUAAAGAUUUAAAAAACAAGUUGGAAACAAAAUUUAAGGAGUACGAAGGAAUUUCCACCCAACAAGCUAUUGAUUUCCCCGCCAAAUUAUUAUGGGGAAUUCUUGAAACACAUCUUGAAUUGUGCUCGGAAAAGGAAAGGGGAGCCCAAGAAAGGCUUGCUGAGCCAUUAAUGAGUCUUGUCAAGUCCUAUGAAGGUGGCAGAGAGAGUCAUGCACGUGGGAUCGUUCAUGCUCUUUUUGAAGCAUAUUUAUCUGUUGAAGAGCUAUUUAGCGACAACAUUCAGGCUGAUGUAAUUGAACGUCUUAGACAACAAUACAAGAAGGAUCUGUCGAGGGUUGUUGACAUCGUGAUUUCACAUCAGGGUGUUAAGACUAAAAACAAACUGAUACUACGACUGAUGGAGCAUUUGGUUUACCCUAAUCCAGCCGCCUAUAGGGAAAAUCUGAUACGGUUUUCUCAAUUGAACCACACUAGUUAUUCUGAGUUAGCAUUGAAGGCAAGUCAGCUGCUAGAACAGACUAAACUGAGUGAACUUCGUUCAAGCAUAGCUAGAAGUCUUUCUGAGUUAGAGAUGUUUACCGAAGAAGGUGAGAAUAUAGAUACCCCUAAGAGGAAGAGUGCCAUUGAUGAAAGAAUGGAGGAUAUUGUGAGUGCUCCUUUGGCGGUCGAAGAUGCCCUUGUUGGUCUUUUUGAUCACAGUGAUCACACCCUUCAAAGGCGUGUUGUUGAGACCUAUGUUCGAAGGCUAUAUCAGCCAUAUCUCGUGAAGAGGAGUGUUAAGAUGCAGUGGCACAGAUCCGGACUUAUUGCUUCAUGGCAAUUCAUGGAAGGACACGCUGAAGCUGUUAAUGUGUCUGAUUAUGAAACUAUUGAUACACAAUUGGUAGAUAAGAAAUGGGGAGCUAUGGUUAUUAUUAGAUCUCUUCAAUUUUUACCUGAUGUCAUAAGUGCAGCUCUUAAAGAAACUACUUAUAAACAUCAUGGCACAAGUCAAAAUGGGGAUGCCAAUCCAAGUUAUCAAGGUUAUAUGAUGCAUAUUGCAUUGGUAGGCAUCAACAACCAAAUGAGUUUGCUUCAAGACAGUGGUGAUGAGGAUCAGGCUCAAGAGAGAGUCAACAAGUUAGCAAAAAUACUCAAAGAUAAAGAAAUAAGUGUGAAACUAAAAAAUGCAGGAUAUGAAGUUGUAAGUUGCAUAAUACAAAGAGACGAAGGUAGAGGCCCGGUGAGACACUCAUUUCACUGGUCAGAAAAGAAUCGUUAUUAUAUCGAAGAGCCAUCAUUGCGUCAUUUGGAGCCUCCAUUAUCGAUUUAUCUUGAACUGGACAAGCUUAAGGGCUAUGAGAAUGUAAAGUACACUCCAUCACGUGACCGUCAAUGGCACAUGUAUACUGUUGAUGCUAAACCACUUCCGGUUCAAAGAAUGUUUCUUAGAACGCUUGUAAGGCACCCGACAAAAGAAUGGUUCUUGCCCUCAGGAUACCAAGAUUCGGAAGUUGUGGACCCACGGUCUCAGUUAACUUUACCUUUUACAUCAAGGAGCAUCUUGAGAUCUUUAGUGACCGCCAUGGAGGAGUUGGAACUUCAUGUUCAUAAUGCUAUAGUCAAGUCGGACCAUGCUCAUAUGUACCUUUAUAUAUUGAAAGAACAACAAAUAAAUGAUCUUGUUCCAUAUACUAAGAGAGUGGAUGUAGAUUCUGGUAAAGAAGAAGGUGUGGUUGAGACGCUUUUGGUGAAGUUGGUCCGUGAACUUCAUUCGAUGGUUGGGGUAAAGAUGCACCGGUUAGGUGUUUUUGAGUGGGAGGUGAAGCUUUGUAUGGUAUCAUCUGGUGAAGCCAACGGUGUUUGGAGGGUGGUGGUCACAAAUGUGACUGGGCAUACCUGCAAUGUACAUGUGUAUCGGGAAGUAGAAGAUACUGUUAAACACAAGGCAGUGUAUCAUGCUCCCUCUACAUUGGGACCUUUACAUGGUGUGCUGGUGAACACACCCUUUCAGCCUCUGGGAUUACUCGAUCAGAAGCGUCUUGUCGCCAGGAAAAGCAAUACUACUUACUGCUACGACUUUGCACUGGCAUUUGAAGCAGCCCUUGAGAAUAUCUGGUCAUCAAAACUGCCUGGUGUAAGCAGGCCCAAGGGCAAACUUGUAAAUGCGAUGGAGCUUGUGUUUGCUGACCGAAGAGGUUUAUGGGGCACUCCACUUGUGCCAGUAACGCGCGAGCCUGGACAAAAUAAUGUGGGAAUGGUAGCGUGGACUAUGGACCUCUGCACACCAGAAUUUCCUGAUGGUAGGACGAUUUUAGUUGUUUCAAAUGACGUCACAUUUAAAAACGGAUCUUUUGGUCCUAUCGAGGAUGCGUUUUUUGAGGCAGUCACUGAGCUUGCUUGUGCCAAAAAACUGCCGCUCAUUUACCUGGCGGCAAACUCAGGGGCCCGUAUCGGGGUGGCCGAAGAGGUCAGAUCCAGCUUUAGAAUUGGGUGGUCUGAUGAGUCAACUCCCGACUCCGGCUUUCAGUAUUUGUAUCUAACUCCCGAAGAUUACUCUCGUUUGGAAUCAUCAGUAAUAGCACAUGAAAUUCGUCUAUCCAGUGGUGAAACAAGAUGGGUCAUUGAUACUAUUGUCGGGAAAGAGGAUGGAUUAGGGGUUGAGAAUUUGAGUGGUAGUGGGGCGAUUGCUGGGGCUUUUUCGAAGGCAUAUAAAGAAACUUUUACUUUAACCUACGUGACUGGAAGAACUGUUGGGAUAGGUGCAUAUCUGGCCCGUCUUGGGAUGCGAUGCAUACAAAGGCUUGAUCAACCGAUUAUUUUAACUGGGUUUUCUGCACUAAACAAGCUUUUGGGCCGAGAGGUUUAUAGUUCGCAGAUGCAACUUGGUGGACCUAAAAUUAUGGCCACGAAUGGCGUUGUUCAUCAAACUGUAUCUGAUGAUUUGGAAGGUGUCUCGGCUAUCUUGAACUGGUUGAGCUAUGUUCCGCCUUACGUUGGCGGUCCACUUCCUGUUUUGCCACCCAUGGAUCCACCAGACAGGCCCGUCGAGUACCUGCCUGAAAACUCAUGUGAUCCUAGGGCAGCCAUUUGUGGGACCGUGGAUGGUAACGGGAAAUGGGUUGGUGGGAUUUUCGACAGAAACAGUUUUGUGGAGACGUUGGAAGGUUGGGCAAGGACAGUUGUAACAGGUCGGGCGAAACUCGGUGGAAUCCCUGUGGGGGUUGUUGCUGUCGAGACACAAACGAUGAUGCAAGUUAUACCUGCGGAUCCUGGGCAGCUCGAUUCACAUGAACGUGUAGUUCCUCAAGCUGGGCAGGUCUGGUUCCCGGAUUCUGCUAGUAAGACAGCUCAAGCGCUGAUGGAUUUUAAUCGAGAAGAGCUCCCCCUUUUCAUUAUGGCAAACUGGCGAGGGUUUUCAGCCGGUCAACGUGACCUUUUUGAAGGGAUUCUACAAGCGGGAUCGACAAUUGUAGAGAAUCUUAGAACCUAUAAACAGCCAGUUUUUGUCUACAUUCCAAAAACAGGUGAGCUUCGAGGUGGUGCAUGGGUGGUCGUUGACAGUCGAAUCAAUUCAGACCAUAUAGAAAUGUAUGCAGAAACAACUGCGAAAGGAAAUGUUCUUGAACCCGAAGGUAUGAUUGAAAUAAAGUUCCGAAAUAAAGAGCUGGUAGACUGCAUGGGUCGAUUGGACCCACUAAUUUGCAAUCUAAAAGAAAAACUUAAAGAAACGAAGCUCGAUCAAGCAAUCACCCAGCAGAUAAAAGCCCGUGAGAAACAGCUUUUACCAAUUUACACUCAAAUCGCUACAAAGUUUGCUGAACUUCAUGACACAUCAUUCCGAAUGGCUGAAAAAGGUGUUGUCAAAAAGGUUGUUGACUGGGCAAUUUCCCGGUUUUUCUUCUACAAAAGACUCCAGCGUAGGCUGGCCGAGGCUUCUCUAAUCAAGAGUGCUCGUGAUGCUGCUGGUGACACGCUUUCACACAAAUCUGCUCAUGAAAUGAUCAAAAAAUGGUUUUUGGACACAAAAAGUGAAGAUAUGUGGGUGAAUGACGACGCCUUUUUCACAUGGAAAGAUGAUCCAUUGAACUAUACUAGCAAAUUAGCCGAUCUACGUACACAGAAGAUAUCAAAUCAGUUAUUAAAGAUUGGCAGUUCACCUUCCGAUCUGCAAGCUUUACCACAGGGACUCGCUGCACUUUUGCAAGAGGUGAAUCCUGCAGCCAAAAAUAAAUUGAUUGAAGAACUCAGGCGGAUAAUUGAGUAGGAAUCGAUAGGUAACUAUUAUCAAGGAGUUCUUCAUUAUAAAUUUUGCCAGCAGUUUGAGAUUUUUCCAGCCAAAUGAGAAGCCUUUGAACCUGUGUACAUUAAGGUGUUGAUAGGGAGAUAGAGUAAAGAUAGUAUAAAUUGUAAUUAGUGUUCACAAGAACUUUACAUUAGAAUCAUUAUAUAUCAUGGUCAAUUCUUUUAACAAACAUAAUUCAAAUUCAUAUUCUGAUAUUCAUAUGUUGAAACAA